AUUGAAGAAAAAAGAAGAAGAACAUAACAGUCCAUGAAAAUAAUGGAUCAAUAAUUUUGAUACUGACAUAUUUCGUUAUUAGUAAUUUAGGAGGUGAAGUAUUCGGAAUCUGUUAUUAUAUUUUGUAGUUUAUUAAAAGUUGAUUCCAUGACUCCAAUGAAAGAGGCAUCGCCUCCAGUUUCAGCGAUGGCAACUCCAACAAAUAGCAGUGGAAAUCUAGUGGACGAAUUCGAGGAAGCUUUUCAGCAUUGUUUGAAUGUACUUACUAAAGAAGAAGCCAUACUUAACGCAGAUAAAGAUGAAAUUAAAGUGGAAGUAGAGCAAACAACAUUGCGAUUUAUUGAUUUAGCUAGGCAAAUGGAAGCUUUCUUUCUGCAAAAAAGGUUUCUUCUUUCCGCUCUCAAGCCUGAGAUGAAUGUUAAAGAAGAUAUCAACGAACUUCGACUGGAGCUAGCUAGAAAAGAAGAAUUACUCAAAAGGCAUUAUGACAAAAUUGCCGUUUGGCAAAAUCUAUUAGCUGACAUUCAGAGCUAUUCAAAGAGUCCUGCCCAAGGUAAUGCCACCCCAGGUGGUGGUUCUAUUCCUCCCUCUCCUUUGCCUAGCAUACCUGGAAAUCAAACUCCCAAUCAAAUGAUGCCCAGUAUUCCAGCUGCCAUGCAGCAGCAACUUCAGCAGCAGCAGCAGUUACAACAACAGCAACAAUUGCAGAUGCAACAGCAAAUUCAGCAGAUGCAACAGCAAAUGCAGGUAGGUCCCAGCCUCAGUGGAGCAGUGGGGCCAGGAGUGAUGUCCCCUCAGCAAGCAUUAUUUAUGCAGCAACAAGGAAUGGGACCCUCACGAAGUCCUUUUGGACAACAGGCACCAGCUGGGGUUUUACAAGGACCUUUAGCAUAUUUGGAAAAAACUACAAGUAAUAUAGAUUUCGCAGGGAUAACCGAUGGUCGCAGGUGACGCGGGAGAGGGAGGGGGCGCGGUAGAGGAAGGGGAAGAGGCAGAGGUCGUGGCCGUGGGACUUUGCCGGACUAUAUGUCCCCUUAAUACCCCCUCCCCGGCCGGGAUGCAUUUACUUCCGGCGAAGUUGCAGCAUUACAUUCCACAACAACAGGAAUGUUGGCAGGAGUAUUUUCUCAACUGUACGCCUAAUCAUUAGUGUGUAUGUAUUUCGAUUCUUCUUGCGGAGGAUUCAUUUUCAUGACAAAAAAUUUUGAAAAAAAGUUUUACAUAUCUCUCAAAUACAUGUUACCAUUGAAAUAUUCUGUUUUCAAAGUACAUGCACGAAUUGCCAUGAAAGUACCUGUCCUUACAAAAAAAAUUGUAAAAAAAAGUUUUUACUUCCUAUGUGGACUAGUUCUAGCUCGAUUCAGUCUUUUCAUAGCGAUGUUCACUUCCUAUAAUACCCUGUUAAAAUUGAAACUGACAGUCUCAAAAUAGACAUCAACCCUUCCUUAUUGACAACUCUUUCAUCAUAUAAUAAAAGGACGCUAAAUCUAGGAAAUAUGAAGUGUGAGGAUGUAAUUUGAACAUUAAUCUAGUGAUUUUGGAGAAUGUGGUAAAAAAUGUAGGAUCAGUGUUGCAUUUUUUAUCAAACACUUUCUUUUUUACUAACGCCUUCUUUUUCCUUGAUUUCAUCAUUGUAAUGAUCCGAUUCAUUAGCUCAAUACUCGCCAUGGAUUAUUUUGCCUUUUAAAAAUAAUAAAAUUAUGACAACCAAAUAACUGACAUGAUCUUUGCUUUAUAUGAAACUGUAUUCAUCUUGUUUUAUGUUGAUUCGCCCGUGUUAGGAA